ACUUUGUGACUUUAAAGUCAGAAUUCUGAGAAAAAAAGUCAGAAUCCUGUGACCCCCCUUUUUUUUCUUCUUGGCCCUAAUCCUCUUCCGUACAGGACAAGUUGGAUCGUUGUACCCCAGUUUAAGUUACUAUUGCCAUCACAAACAUCAACACAUCCACAUCCUGAAAUUAUACUCAGUCACUAAUUAAGAACACAACAAAACAUCUAAUAUUCCAUCCGUCCAUCCAUCCAUCCAUCCGUCAGUCCAUCCAUCCGUCAGUCCAUCCAUCCGUCAGUCCAUCCAUCCAUCCGUCCAUCCAUCCGUCCAUCCAUCCGUCCAUCCAUCCAUCCAUCCAUCCAUCCAUCCAUCCAUCCAUCCAUCCAUCCAUCCAUCCAUCCAUCCAUCCAUCCAUCCAUCCAUCCCUUACAUGACAGCAAUAUGGGCUAGCAGCUAGCCGCUAAGCCCAAUAUCAACUCAUAAGAGUCAUCGGAAUUGUUUUCAAAGGUAAAUUAAUAGAGAAAAAUGACUUUGGUCACUUUGAUGCUGACAGCACUUUUUUGGUUCCUUUUCAAAAAGAUCAUAAGCCUCCAUAGCAUUUAAAAAUGUCUGACACAGCUGUUGUACUAUCAACCAGAUGAAGUUGAACUUGCAGCAAAAAAAAAAAGCAACAUUUUGAACUUGCACCAUGGAGCAAUGUGCGUAAUCAAACAUGGCUUACAUUACGACAGCCUCCGGAAAAGACUCGCUGGGUGAAUUUGAGAAUUUAAAGCUUGAGAGCUGUGGCGCAAUAAUAUCACAUUUGAUUUCAUGUGUAUGGUGGACACAAGAGUUCUUAAAGUACCUUAACAUACAAAGUCUCAUGGGGCGUAGAAAUGACAUUUCCUCAAAAUAUGGAGGAAUUCCUGCUUUUGUCCCUGUGACUAGUUUAAGAUCACCCCGCCUCCAGCUCACCCGCUCACUCUAAUGAGUGUUAAAGCGGUGCGGAUUGAUGCAUGUAUUCAGUACUUCGAUGGUCACAAAAUCAUUUCCUUCUGAAGAUGGUAGGCCGACAACCGAGAGAUGUUUACAACAAGGCACUCCCAAUAUGUUUGUAAAGGUUCAAGAAUAUCAAGAAGUGAAUUUUAAAAUGUCAUAGUGAACCCUACAGAGGCAUGGCCAAUCUUAUUGAGCGAUGCUGAGCCUGCAGACAAAAGGACACUGGGGGUAGCAGGUGUGCGGGUGUGUAACCGUACACCUCGGUUUGCAGGUUAAAUCCCACUGACGACAUCCCAACCUGGUGUUAAUCUACACAAUCCAAUGUUUGACAUUUAGUACACAGCAGCCAAUGGGUGGUGGCUUCCAUGAUGAAGUGAAAGCCAUUAGUAAUGCUUUCAUCACAUGGUCAAUUAUACAGCAAAUCUCGACAAAGACUGGGGGAAAGAAUGAACGACAUGUGCGCAUGUGGCCUUGCGUGUGUGUGUAUUUGUGUUUGUGUGUACGUUCCGCUAGGUGACAAUAUAAAAGGUGGGCUGACCCAAGAGGAUACAAGAACCCAGCAUCAGCAUCAGAGAACCAAGACCAAGACAGACGAGAGGAGGAUGUAUCCUACAUGGCUGUUAGCGACAGUGGUGCUUGUGGGUAUGGCCAGAGGAGCCGCCAGUCAGUGUUGGGAGCAUGCAUCUUGUCAGGAGCUGGACUCAAAAAGCCUGAUGGAUUGUCUGCAGCUCUGUUAUGCCGACCUCUGUGACUUGAACGCCAACCCGGGACCACUCCAGCCUCCCCCCAUUCCUGAGUCUGACCCCUCCCCCCCUGCCAAGCGCUCUUACUCCAUGGAGCAUUUCCGCUGGGGGAAACCCGUAGGCCGAAAACGCCGUCCCAUUAAAGUAUACACGCCCAACGGUGUGGAAGAAGAGUCGAGUGAGGUUUUCCCCGGGGAGAUGAGACGCGAAUUAAAGAAUGAGCCGCCGGUAGUUUCAGAGGAAGAGGGGGCGAUGGAGGAGGACGGAGUCCAGAAGAAAGACAACGCCUACAAGAUGAAGCACUUUCGCUGGAGCAGCCCGCCCCCCAUCAAACGCUACGGCGGCUUCAUGAAAGGUUGGGUCCAGGCCGAGCAGAGACCACUGGUCACCCUCCUCAAGAACGUCAUCAACAAAGGUGGACAGACGCAGAAGUAGUGACACGUUGAGGCGCUGACCACCAAAUUGUGUUUGAACCACUACUGACUGUAAAUAUUGAUGACAUGGAAACAUAAAGUUCUUGCAAACAAAAGCA